GUCGUGAAACAAACAUUUAACACCGCCAGGACUUGUGUCAUCCAGACGGACGCGUGGAUCUGCUUUACGCACCAUCGGAUGCUGCGCACUAAACAUCGAAGCGUCCUGCACAUCGAGGACAGUGUGACUCGUUGCUGUCACCGGUUCACGCCUACCGGAACCAAGCCGACCGAAGUUGAAGAAUCCACGGCUUAAGUGUACUUAAGUGCGCCGGGGAAGACUCUGCGUUGCUGGCGAUGGAGCGGUGGAAAGGCAGAGUGGCCCUGGUGACCGGAGCCUCGGUGGGCAUUGGAGCGGCUGUGGCCCGGGCGCUGGUCCAACAAGGCAUGCGGGUGGUCGGCUGCGCCAGGAAUGUCGACAAAAUAGAGAAGCUGGCUGCAGAAUGUCAGAGCGCGGGUUACAGCGGCACAUUGAUUCCUUACAAGUGUGACCUGUCCAACGAGGAGGAGAUCCUCUCCAUGUUCUCGGCCAUCAAGACACUCCUCAAGGGUGUGGACGUGUGCAUCAACAACGCAGGACUAGCCCAUAACGAGCCCCUGCUCAGCGGGAAAACGGCAGGCUGGAGGAAUAUGAUCGAUGUGAAUGUUCUAGCCUUGUCUAUCUGCACCCGGGAGGCUUACAAAUCGAUGAAGGAGAGAAAUGUGGAUGACGGGCACAUCAUCAAUAUUAACAGUAUGGGCGGGCAUCGAAUGGUGCCAAGUGCUGAUGAGCAUUUCUACUGUGCCACAAAAUAUGCAGUGACCGCACUGACUGAGGGAAUACGGCAAGAACUACGGGAAGCAAACACCCACAUCAGAGCCACUUGUAUAUCUCCCGGGAUUGUUGAGACUGAAUUUGCCUUCCGUCACCACAACUACGACCCAGAGAAAGCAGCAGCAGUGUACGAGAGCAUGAAAUGCUUGAAAGCAGAUGACAUCGCCAGCGCAGUCACAUUUGUCCUCAGUGCCCCACCUCAUGUCCAGAUUGGAGAUAUUCAGAUGAGGCCGGUUGAGCAGGUGUCCUAGCAGUGCAAGGAGGAAAGCUGCAGGAGGAGCCCGCCUAUGUCAGCAGCCACGGCGACUCGUUAGCGACCUCUGCUUGGCGCGGGAGGGAAGGGGCGGGGUUAAUACAUCUGCAUGCGGGAGGGGAGGCAGGACGACCGUUGCUCAAAUGGAGGUGAGGAAAUGAAGGUGGUGGACUUUGUAGACCACAGUGAAAAUACUACUGAACGCCAGUUUGUUCAUCUCAGUCACACACUGAGCUGACUCCCAACGUUUGGCAGGAGCGUUAAAUCAGAUGGUGCUGUCAUCUUUAUGACCUUGACUUCAGAGGGAAGCUACUGACUGCAAAGUUUCUUUAUUUUUCCAUAGGUCAUAUGGCGUAUCUCGUUUCAACUUUAAAGGAUUUCUUGUCUAACUCGUUAUCAUUUUACCUGCUCUCAUAAACAAUAAUACCAUGGGUGUCCAAAUUUUUCCCACCGAGGGCCACUACAGAAAAUUUAAGUAUUUAGGAAGAUGUUUUGAUACAUUUUGUACAUUAAAGAUCAGAAUCAGAAAUACUUUAUUAGAUGCUAAAAUGAUCCAAUGUAGGUCUAUAUAUGCUAAG